AUGAUGUCUGAUCUUCCGCAGGAUUUGUUAGAGGAAAUACUAUCUAGGGUUCCAGCGAAAACUCUAGCGAAAACUCUGAGACGGGUUUGGUCAGUGAACGUCAAUCUCAACGCUGCUUCUUCGGUACUGGGUCCACCUUUAGAGCUUAAAGGUCCACUUAGCCUAAAGGAACCCGAUUCUGACUCGCAACAAGUUGAUAUAGUCGGAGUUUUCCACUGCGAUGGUUUGUUGUUAUGCACCACUAAUGACAAUAAACUCGUGGUUUGGAAUCCGUAUUUCGAGGAAACCAUGUGGAUCCAACCCAAGACUGGUAACAUGAAGAACUCUAGGUUUGCUCUAGGUUACGUAAACAACAAGUCUUCCCGUAGCUACAAAAUCUUGAGGUGUUGGGAUGACAAAUUUUCCGGGUUUGAAAUCUAUGAUAUAAGCUCUGGUUCAUGGAGGGAUAACAAGGAUGAUAACGUCUAUGUAGACUGCUUCAUACGAGCAAAUGGCGUGUCUUUGAAGGGAAACACUUACUGGCUUGCCACUGAAGAAACCAACAAAUCUUGUGAGUUCUUACUAUGUUUUGAUUUUACAAGGGAGAGAUUCAGACUUGUAAAACUUCCGACGUUUUGUGAUCGUGGUUAUAUGGGUCUAUCAGUUGUUGGAGAAGAGACACUCUCAGUGUUAGAAAGGAGAUCUUUUACAUCAAAGAUGAAAAUGAUGUGGGUGGCUAAUAUAACUGAUAGUGAAAGCGUAAAGGUGUUGCUUAGCAUAUCCGAUGGAGUAGAUUUACACAUUCCUGAUCCUUGUUUUCCGGUUUACGCGACUUGUUUGAUUGACAAGAAGGAGAAGAAAGUGGCGGCGUGUUGUAAUGCAAGUUUUGAGACCAGCAAGACGAUGGAAAACAUUAUUGGAGAGGGUGAUGGAUCUACAAACAAUUCAGGGUGGUCGCCGUUUGUUUUCAAUUAUGUUCCAAGUUUGGUUCAAAUUCCAAGCCACCGAUCGAGUCUGCGAGUUCUUCUUUCUCGAAAGAUGACGAUGGUGAUGUCCGAUCUUCCGCAGGAUGUUGUAGAGGAAAUACUCUCUAGGGUUUCAGCCAAAUCUCUCAAACGAUUAAGAUCUACUUGCAAACUAUGGAACUCUUUAUUCACAGACAAAGGAUUCACCGAGAAGCACUUUCGUGUAGCUCCAAAGCAGUCCCUAGUUCUCAUGUUGAAGGAAUAA